AGCAGAUGCACACAAGCUCCAAAUGCCUAUUUUGGGACAUUAUGAAAUUCGUUGAGCGACUUUAGACUUGACCCUUACCGAAGGAAGAGAAACGUUUAUGAAACCGUUUAUAAAAGACUCGUCUUAAAUGCAAAACUAUGGAAAUAUGAUGAAGCAGCGGCCGCGGCCCAACCGCUUUCGCACCCAAGCGAUCUUGAACCGUCAGCAAAGAUCCGACUCCUCCACGGAUUCGAGCGAUGAGGAGGAGGAGUCGAGGGGUACCAACUCGCCCCCUUUCACGGACGAUGACUCCGGUAGUGAGGGAGAGUCCGAAAGCUCGCAGUCUGAAUCGGAGCCUGAGCUGACCGGCGGGAAGUUGAGUUUUAGACUCCUGGCUAGGAAAGUGCGUGGUAACUCAUUGCUAAAGCUGGUGAAUUCCAAGCAGCCCGACGUAGUUCAAGCCAAGAAGCUCCUCUCCGACUUAACCCCAGAGCAAAUCUCGAAAGAGAUCGCCACCAAGGAUGGGCGGGGCAACAGUGUCAUCCACUACGCCUGCAUGAAGACUCUACUACCGUGGGUAGACAUGCUGAUACAACAUGGGCAAGAUCUUGAUGUUCGGGGAGCAGGAGGAAAGAGGCCCAUUCAUGUUGCAGUCAAAGACAAAGUCAGGGUCGAAGGUCAAGCUCAGGAUAAAGCUAAGCUGGUUGAACUCUUGGUAGCCAAGAAGGUACAGGUCAACGUCAAGGAUAAUCAAGGUCAAACACCAUUACAGCUUGCUUGUAAGUUUGAGGGACAGAAGAUCAUGAUUAAAGCCCUUCUCUCACAUCCAGAUAUCAAAGUUGAUCAACCGGUGAGGUUUGGCAGAGUUAAUUCGACGCUUCUCACCAUUUUAUGCCACAAUGGUAAUUUUGAUGCUGCCCUCCUGCUCCUGAAACACGGAGCUAACCCCCUUGCCGUCAAUGCUGCGAAGAACACGCCUCUCUACAUCAUCCUGAAAAAGGGCAAAGUGAAGUAUGCUCUACGAUUCCUUUCAACUUGCCAGCAUAGAGAAUAUGACAUGCAGAAGAUAUUGUUAGCUCAGAACAUAUAUCAGAAGACCGUCCUACACGAGGUCAUCAAGACUGGUAACGAGAUGCUGAUCAGGUGCUGUAUGACAUGUGUUUGUCCUGUGGAUCAAAAGAACGGCAAUUCCUCCAAUUACCUCCUGGAGGUCAAAUCGCGCUAUGGUUCGACCAUCAUGCACACUGCAUGCAAGCAAGGACAUCUGGACAUUGUCCACAUGCUACAUGAUCUCUGCCCAAGGCUCCUGGUUGUUAAGAACAACAAGGGGCUGACCCCCCUGCACUACGCCUGCAGGGGCAACUAUGCUGAAGUUGCUGAAGAGCUGUGUAUCAUGUUGCAAAGUAACGAUAAGGACCUGAAGCUGAAUUUGGACAACAAAAUUGACGGAUCCCCGUCGUUGCUUAAGGUCACGGCUUUGAAAGGAGCGAGCGAUUGCCUGGUUGUUCUUCUGAAACAUGUGAAGGAUUCCUCCAUUAUGGUAGAACUUAUCAAAUGGAUCUCUGUUGAGAAAAACCUUUCGUUGGUCCUCCAGGAAUUGCUGAAAAGCUUUGAUGACAUCAGUACCGGCUGUGAAUCAAUGGAGAUUGAGAAGAUCAUACUGCUCUGUGCAGCAAAGGGACAGACAGAGAGUCUGCUAGAGUUUGUUGGUUGGCACAAGCAUUGUGUCUUCCUGAAGGAUUCCCAGGAGAAUACCGUCAUGCACCUGAUAGCCCAAGGUGGUCAUUUUGACACUGCCAAAGCUUUACUGAAGAACCAGGAUGAUGUCGGUCUCUGUGAACAGAAUAGCUUGGGACAAACACCACUUCACCUUGCAAUCAAACGAGGCCAUAAACUGACUACCAAGCUCUUUCUGAAGACCAACAAGGUACUAGCUGGCAUGCAAGACAACAAAGGGAUGACCCCGUUGAUGUAUGCCUGCAAAGCCGGGAAUAUUCUCAUCGUUGAGAUGCUUCUGGAGCUAGAUCAAGGCAAGAUCAGGUUCUUUGAGUGCGACCACAAGGGCCGAAACUGCCUGGACCACGCCAUCCGCAACGGUCACGAGAUGGUGGCAGUGACUCUGUUAUCCCAAGAGAAGUGGCGCGUCCUCAUGGCCCACUCCACCGGUGAAGGGGCAAACAAGACCACGCCCAUGAGGAACCUCAUCACCAACAUGCCAGGCGUGUGCCAGUUCGUCCUAGACAAGUGCAUCACCAGAUUAACAGACACCGAUAUCGAUGACAUGACUUCUGUGAAUAUUAAAGUAGAUUAUGAGCUCCUGGAAGACUGGUUUUCAGAUUGGAUGCAAACUCAACCUACAUCAAGAAGAGGAAGUAAGGGAAACGUUGCUGAUGCUGUUUAUGGCGUUUUAAUGCCCACCAUCAGCCAGAUAGGAUCUCUGGAUGACCACAUUGGCGAAGAUCUGGAGAACACCAAUUUCCAUGACGAUGGAACACUGAAACAGGACGCAAAGAUCUAUGUGACUGACCCAGUAUAUCGUUCUGAGAACCAUCCUCUCAGACUCAUGAUCAAGAAGGACGAGAGUAAAAUGUUGCUGAAUCACCCUGUAGUCCGCCUGAUGGUCCGCUACAAGAACAAAUCGACUCGACUGAAAUAUUGGAUCAGCCUCUUCCUCCAUAUCACCCUCGUCGUCCUCGUCACCGGCCACAGCCUGGUCAUCCCUCCACCAUUCUAUGUCCAGACCAACCCUGAAGGCAACAACUACACCUGGUUGGCUGACGGAAAGACGAAGUGGCAGGAGAACAUGAACCUUUUUGCUCUGGUCCUGUUUGGAAGAGUCGGGGCCUGGAUCAUCCUUGCGCUCACUGUCAUCUACUUCAUUGAAUUUGUCUAUCGUGUCUUGAUCUACAGACACACAACAUUGAACACCAUCCGUGGAGUGGGUAGCAUUUUGAGAGAAGUGGCGCUCGUAGUCUUCAUCAUCCUCUUCAUCGUGCCCGGCCUUGGUGAAUUGAGCUACAGCUAUGGGGUCAACAUAAAACCAGAUUGGCAAUGGCAGCUUGGUGCAUUCGCAGUGUUUCUGACAUGGUUCAACUUCAUCCUGUUCCUGCAGACUGUUCCAUUCUUUGGUCUCUAUAUCUUCAUGUUUCUUGAGGUGCUAUCUACUCUUCUGAACUUCAUCUUUGUUGUCGGCAUUUUCGCAAUCGCCUUUGCUGUGGUGUUCUGUAUUUUGCUUUUAAAUCAGGCACCCUUUCACACCCUGGGGAACUCCCUAGCAAAGAUCCUGAGCAUGGCAAGCGGAGAGCUCAACUUCGAUACUGUCUUUCAUUCCCUCGACUACCUCUACCAACCCGUGGCCUCUGUGAACUUUACAAAAAUGGUCUUCUAUCCAGCCUCUACACACAUUAUCUUUUUUCUCUUCAUAUUCUUCAUGCCAAUACUCAUCAUGAAUCUCCUGACUGGUUUGGCUGUGUAUGACAUUGAAAUCAUUCAGAAAAAGGCGAUAAUGUGUAAACGUACGCUUGAGGCUAAGGGGAUCUUGGAUGUCCAGGACAACUCUGUCCUCUUGAUCUGGAAGCGCAGUGUUCUGAGAGACCAGGUGAAAAGUAUCAGGACGGAAAUCUCGCCCAUGCACAAGCUCUACUUCAAGGCCAUCGGGUACAAGGAGAUACACGAUCAGCUGGUGACAUUUCUCGAAGAACUGGAGAAGACGGGGAGUGUGCAAUUCACCAAAACAACGGAGAUGAAGAUCGAAGACAUGGCCCAGCACAUCUGUGACAUGAGGAACAAGCUCAACAUGCUGUCUGAGAAUGCCAUCGACUCCAAGAUUGAGCAGCUUGAGACGAUGACCAUCAUGCAGGAGAUCAAACAGCAAAUGCAAGCUCUCCAGGACAGGUUUGAUAAGAUGGAAUUGAAAAGGGGUUACUAGACAUUAAUCCACAUUUGACACUCUUCACCCAGGUGAUCGAACAGCAAUUUUAGGCUCUCCAAUAUGGGCUUGAUAAGAUUGAUAUUAAAAAGGGUUACUAGACGUUAAUCUACAUUUGCCACACUUUACCCAGGUGCUCAUAACAACAAAUACAGGCUCUUCUAUACAGGGGGAAGAGGGAUUUGUUUGAAAAGAUUUUAUAUUGUUUAUCAACAAGCAGGUGAAUUCGUCUGACAAUCUGAAUAGAAAAUAAACUAAUGAAAUUAUGCUUGCAAUUCACUUUAUCAAAAAGCUCACUGUACUUUGACCACAUGCUAUGCAUGAGGAUCAAUACGACUAAGCCGUAGUACUUAUUUUAUCUUGCCAAUUUAUUUAUCAGCUUUUUAUAUAUUCUACCAGAUUGCUUUGCAGAUAUUAUGUAGUUGUACUUUUUUGAACAUUGAAAGUAAAAUUUUGUAUGAUUUUGUGACAUUUAUUUUCUGUUAUGAACAGACAUCUUAUAAUGAUAUUUUUAAAGUUAAAGAGCUGUCAAUUUUUUAAUGAAAACUGCUAUUUUGUUUUGCUUUUUGGUUUUUGUUAUCUACAGGUCAUCCUGGUUACGUGCAAUGAUGUUGCUAAAACAUAUUGUUAUAUCAUGUUUGUUGCGUUAUUGUGAAUGGUACUAGAAGCAGUUAACUCUUAUCAGGGCUAAUCCCCAUUGUGCCAAGCCCCAAAUCCCCCCGUGCCAGGUUUAUUUUAAGAUAAUCUGAUUAACGCGAUGGUUCUAUGAAUAGCGCAUGCGAAACACACAGCACACUGCAAUGAGCAUGAACAAUAACUGCUAUUACGAAUGCAUGAAAGCAUGCAUGAAGCAUCGAAGCAAUGGCUCGCUUGCAUGGACAAAGCACUAUAACGGUAGCGUGCAUGCAGCCUUAUGGCAGGCUAUGAGUUAAGUGAUCUUGAAGCUUUUGUUAUAAUCUAUCCCACGAUAGGUACAAAGUAGCACAGGGAGAUUAUUUCUGUGGCAUAUAAAGAGAAUAUAUAAAUAAGAAUCAAAUAUCAGUUCUUAGACAAACAAAAUGUGUGAGUUUCAGGUGGCUAAAAUCAAAUAAUUGCAGCAUUGCAGCAUUAUUUCCACGUUGCCUUGUUCGUCAGUUCGAUGAAGAUGUGCUUGGCGGCAAUCAAACAACUCAGGGUCUUGUUUCUACACCAAAAAUACAACUGUUCUUUCAUAUUUCAUAGAACAUGAAUGGGUAAAAUAUAUAUAUAUA